AUGUCUAACGUACACCAAAGCUUCGAUGCUGGCAACGUCCAUGGCCAAUCCCAGGAGAGGGCAGAUCAGAGUGCAGGAUUUGCAAGCCAAUCAGCAAGUGCUGCACAGAACACAGCAAGUGCAGCUAUGGACCAAGCUUCUGCUGCUGCUAACUCAUCUGGAAGCCAAGCUCAGCUGCACAAGGAGGAAGCUAGUGGCUUGAUCCAACAGACCACGGAGCAAGUGAAGAACAUGGCUCAGGGUGCUGUGGAUAGUGUGAAGCAUACACUUGGAAUGGACAAACAAAGUUGA